CCGCUGUUCUCCGAGGAGCCGGCUGGAGGCCCUUUCCCCGCCUCCCUUUUCUUCCCCUCCCAUUAAGUGAUUCAAGCCGUGCGCUUCCCACUUCCGCCCCCUCUGCCUGCCAUAGGAACUAGCAAAGCUGAGCAAGUUGCGGCCGCCGAACUGCCGACACUCCCCUUCUCUUUCUCUCCUCGUCUUCCUCUCGCCUUUCUUUCUUUUCUUCUUUUUUCCCUUUUUUAAGGCCGCCACCGCCGCGAGGCCUCGCGACCGCCGAGCUCGAAGCUCACGCCGCGGCCAACAUGAGCUUCUUGUUUGGUAGUCGCUCUUCCAAAACUUUUAAACCAAAGAAGAACAUCCCAGAGGGGUCUCACCAGUAUGAGCUCUUAAAGCAUGCAGAAGCCACACUUGGCAGUGGCAACCUCAGAAUGGCUGUCAUGCUUCCUGAGGGGGAAGAUCUAAAUGAAUGGGUUGCAGUUAACACUGUGGAUUUCUUCAAUCAGAUCAACAUGCUUUACGGAACCAUCACAGACUUCUGUACAGAGGAGAGUUGUCCGGUGAUGUCAGCUGGACCAAAAUACGAGUAUCAUUGGGCAGAUGGAACAAAUAUAAAGAAACCUAUCAAAUGCUCUGCACCAAAGUAUAUUGAUUACCUGAUGACUUGGGUCCAGGACCAGUUGGAUGAUGAGACAUUAUUUCCAUCAAAAAUUGGUGUUCCAUUCCCAAAGAAUUUUAUGUCUGUGGCAAAGACUAUACUUAAACGUCUUUUUAGGGUUUAUGCUCAUAUUUAUCACCAACAUUUUGAUCCUGUGAUCCAGCUGCAAGAGGAAGCACAUCUUAAUACAUCUUUCAAGCACUUUAUUUUUUUUGUCCAGGAGUUCAACCUUAUUGAUAGAAGAGAACUUGCACCACUCCAAGAACUGAUUGAAAAACUCACUUCGAAGGACAGAUAAAAAAGAUGCAGAACUGUGCAAAUUGUUCUUCAAUUGAAGCUGUGUGGAGUGUAUUUGGGUUUUGUUAUAUUUUGUUUUUUUCUGGAUUGUUUUUAUCUUAGGUUUGGGGGGCUUGUUUGGGUUCCCUUUUCUUUAUUACGAAUAUAUGAAACCAUAUUCUACUGCUAGAGGAAACCAAGAACCAUUCUCUACAUUUGAAAAGGGGUGAAUUUUGUCUUAUCAGCAUACAGUAUUAUUUUUAACCUGGUUUUGGUUACUUGAAGAGUUUUUAAUAAUAUUGUGUGCUAGAAGAAAAUGCUUACUGACUGAACUGCUAAUGGUUGGGUUCUGUGUUGUGUAAAUUGUGGCCCAUUUUGAAGUCCCCAAAAGACAUGUUUUUAAAGUGCCUUGGCAGGCCCACUUCUGAGGUGCAAAGCACAGACAUAGGACUGAGCAGGGCUCAAAAUAAUAUUAGGAUUACUACCCAGGGCACUUACUGGUGCAAGUUGUAAAAUAAUCUAUGAUAAAAGCCAUAGUUGACCUAAGUUGGUGAUCUCCAGCUUUUACUACAUUGAAGAAACAUAAUUUGUAAAAGUGUGCAUGUAGAACAUAAAAAUUAGUAUUUCUUAAUUAUUUUUGAUAUUGAUGGUAAUAUAUUUCUGUUCAACAAAUGCUUAAAGUUCUAUGAGCAGAUAUUUUCCAUCUCUUGAUAUCUGUGAUAUUGAAACUUGAGGAUUUUGAAAUGUAAUACCUAUUGCAUUUUGACUUCUUUCUACAUGUUAACUGCACUGUAGGUGUAAAACUUCAGGUUAUAUUAGGAUUGCCAUCUUCAGAGGUGAUGCUAAACUGUGAGGUUUCUUAGCAAUUGCCAAAUGAGCCAUAAGUCUACAGAAUCCCCUUCUGUUUCAAAGAGGAGGGGAUUAAAGAGUGUGUUUGGUUGGGAAGGGGGUUAAUUUCUGUGAGGAGUUAGGGAUGGAAUCAAGUGGGGAGUCAAGUUCUAGAAAGUCCUGUUUUUAAAAUCUUUGAAUAGAACGGUGUGAAGAUUUUAAUCAAUUAUUUUUAAACAGAGUCUUAGAGAUUUUUUUUUUUUUUAGGAAUCAGCUUCCAUGAGAAGUUAAAAAUAAAUUAUUAAUUUUAGGUACAGACAUUAAACAUUGAAUUUAAGGACUUUAGGGAAAUUAAUCACUUUGUAGCAUUUCCAUUCAGUGAAUGGAGCUAGUAUUUGCCUAUCAUUUUAAAAUGAUAUAGUACCUUUGCUUAUUAUAGGGCCCAGAUUGAAGCAUUCUGACUUCUGGUUUUUCCACUGUGAAAAAAAUCAUUUCUUUACAGUGAUAUCAAAUAACAAAAAUGCUCAUCAUUCAAUAGUUAUUUUUAAAUUUUAUUUGCCAUGACUUUCUAGUGAAUUAUUACCACCAGUAAGUUUUAAAACAUAGUUUUUAGAAUAAAUAUUAAUUUGCUUCACUUCAGAUUUGUUCUUGAGAUUGAGAAAUACCCUUUCAGACUUUGUUUUAAUUUGACAUAUUUUGGUAAAUCUGCUUCCUUCAAUUAGAACUAUAUACCCUUCUCUUGGUAGAAACAUACCUUUUUCCUAAAAUAGAAGAGAAUAGAAAUGCUGCUCUGGAAUCGUGUAGAUUACAAAGGCUUUGUGGACAAAAAUCUAAAAUGAAAUAAAUUUAUUUGUGUUAUUAACAAGAAGAACAGUGAUACAAUUUAAUGCCCUUAAAAUUAGGAUCACAAGGGAACUGCCUUUUUCUCCAUUUCAUUUCUAGCAGUUAUUCACCAAGUACCAACAGUAGAAGUAAUGGAAGAUCUUGGCAGGGGUAAAUAUAUUGGACAUUUAUUGGUGAUGCUUAUUAAUAAACUGCACUGAGAGCUAGCUGACUUACUUAAAACAAAUAUUUCAGUGUACAAAUAGACAAAUCAAUCACUAUGGGUUGAUUCAGAAAUAAAAUUGGGUGUCGUGAGUUUUGAGAUCUAACUAUGUAGGAAAUGAAAGACACAAUUACUCAAAACUUUUCCAUAUUGCAUUUGACUUUUUAUCAUCCUAUAACAAAUGGGUUGCAAUAGUCAUGUGUGGAGAGAAUAAUAGAAAGUUGUUCUAGAUCUUUUAAACCUUACAUAGUUGUACACUGUAAAAAUGGAAAAAUAUUACUCUAAUAUUUGAUAGUAGGAUUUACCUUUCCACAGUAUGUAGAUAGAAGUUUGUUUUCACUGUGCCAGAAUCUCAGGUACCUGUGUCUGAGUGUUCACUUAACAAGUUAUUGGGAAAAAAGGAGAUAUGUAUGUGUGUAUAUAUGAUAAUGAAGUAUAAAGUUCUCCUAGAGAGAAGCCUGGCAUUGUACAUGGUGUUAGAUGGUUACAAGUAAGGAAAACACCAAAGCCAGUGAGAAAGAACUGAUUCUAUUAAAAAGUUACUUUGACUUGGUUGAUUCCUAUGAGAGUUAGACACCCUUUAUAAAAUAAGGACCAAAGCUUGAUUUUUGAAGCAGACUUGCUUACAAGUCUAUUAUAUUCUUUUCAGAUUUCUUUCUUUAAUUAAAAAUAGCCAAGACAAUUAUUUCCCCUUGCUGUUUAUACAGAGCUACAAAGAAGUUGUUUUUCUCAUCCUUUGAUAAAAGCAUCCUAUAAAACGUAAAGUAGUAAGUUAACAUAGUAUUGUUGUCACUCAUGAUGUUUUGGUUAAAAUGUUGAUAUGAAGCACAUCUUAGGAAUUAUUUUAAAUGAUGGAGUAGUGGUGGUGGACACAUGAUAACAAAAAGAAUAAACAGUUUUUAGUUAGCAUUAGAUGGUGCUACUACUGGCUUUCAUUAUUCCAUUUUCCAUAAAAACCAUGGUAUUGAACUAUACUAAAAUAGUAAGCAUGUAUUAGUUAGCUGGUGACUUUGGAUGUCAGUAUACCUUAAAAUGAAAGAUUUAGAUUUCUGUCUCUUUCUACCUUCCCUGUGUUAGUCAUUUGUAAAUUCUAAAUGGUCAGCAUAAAAUGUCUUAAAUAACUGAAGAUAUGUGUAAUAUAUUUCAGACUGAAUUAUUUCUUCCACUAUCAGGAUGGAUAAAGCACUGCAAUCUCUUUAUCAGGAAAUAGAGAUGAUGUGUUAUUUUACAUAUGUAAUGUCCAGACUCCAUUUUAUGUAUUGGUAUUUUCCUUGCUUGUAGGAAAAUAGAAAAAUGACAGAUUUCUUUUACAGCUUUGUCUACACCCUCUCCGAGAGAGGUUUUGAUAACCACUGAAAUAGUAGAAUAUGUGCCAUACAAUAUUAUGGUGUAGAACUUUCUUUUAAAAUGAUUGUCAUACCUUAACAUCCAGUGAGAGUUGAUCUUCAGAGUAGUUCCCUUGGGAGCGCUACUUAUUCCAGCUAUGCUAUGAAAGUGUAAUGUUUUUGGAAUUCCUUUAGAGAUGCCAGGAGAACUGGCUUGUAACUAUGCAAGAAAAUCAAUUUCAUCAUCUUUUUUGGCAGCUUAAUAUUUAUCUGUCCUAAUCACCAAACCAAGUCUAACAACUUGGCUGUUCUAUGAGAACUAAGCCAACAGGGAAAUUCAAAAGAAUGUGUCAUAGGAUCUGAAUCUGCAGAAGACAAUGUUUUAACCAUUAACUGCAUCAUUGAAUAAAGGAAUUAUUUUCCUGAUGUUACUAUUUUGAAGUGGACAGUAUCAUUUGGAUGUAUAGAUUUAAUUUUCUAAAUUUAGUUGAAUUACUUUAUAAUUAAAUAUAAGACUAUUUUUUUAAAAAAAAUCCCAGAGCUUCCUUUAGAACUUACUUUUUAUUUUUUAUUUCUUUUCCUGAAAACUUUUGAAUUCCAUCUUGACUAUUAUAGGAUAGUUUUGAUCAAAUGGAUAGUAUGGAAAAAUGAAUCCAGUGUUUAAAAUAGCAGUAGUUUAAGGAAACAGACUCUUUACCUCCAUUCUUUUUGUUUUUCAAACGUUUUCAUUUAAGUUAACAGUCUGACUUUAAAGACUAGAGGUUGUGUGCAAAGAAAUUGGAACGUUUUAUGUAUUAAUUAUGUUAGAUUUUAAGUCUGUCAGAAAUAAUAUAUUUAGAAUUUUAUAACUAUUUCACAUAUCAUUUUUAACCUUAAAGUUUGACUUGUUUUGAAAAGAUGGGGGCCAAAAAUAUAUUUGUAAUUUUAAAUGUGACUGCAUACAAUCAUAUUUUGAAACUUACCUAGAAUAUUUAAGAAUAUGCCAAUUCUUAGAAACACAGAUCUACACUUUAAGGACCAUUUCUAAAAUAAUUAAAAUGACAAAGAGUUUUAUCAUGAUGUUAAGAUUUACCACAGGAUUCACUGUUGUUCAGCUAUCAGCUUAAUUGUGUAUGAGAUGAUACAUGGCUAGAGGUAAAGCUAUCUCAAGAUUUAAUGAACAAGUAUAAUUAGAACAUGUAACAAAAUUCUGACUGCAGAUUAUUUGAAUUUUAAAACUUUCCUAAUAAGUUAAUAAAAGGAAAUUUAUUUUGAAAACAUAACAGUGCAUUCCAUGUCUGCUACUUAUAGCUGAACUUUAUUUAGACAAAAGAGAAAAAGUAGAUUUAAAUAGGGGUACUCAAUUUUAUAAGCAUAAUGCAAGUCUAUUUGCAAAUAGUGUUAUAUAAUAGAAAACUCUGGACUAUAAUUCUCAAAGACAGGUAGUGAAAUCACUGGCCUUUUCUAGCUGUAUGUUUUCCUAUUCUCCAUCUUCUGUUUGAAAUAUACAUACACACAUAACAAGAAAACAAAGCAGUUAGGUUGAUUUUGUAGGUCUUCAUUGUUAGUGAUUCUUUAGUGCUUACUGUCAGAAUAUAGGUUUCUAUUUGUUUUAGUUGACAGCUUUCUUUAAAUUAUGUCACUGAAAAGGAUAUUAGUUGUAUAAAAUCAAACAAAAUAUUUAAUUUUUAUUAUUAUUAAAUUUUACAGGUGGAUGUUUCUUACAGGUUUUUGUUUUUAUUUUUUUCUGAAAUACUUAAUUGUGCAGAUUGUAAAACAGAUUUGUGUAUUUUCAUUUAGGAACACUUUUCUCCUUAAAUUGUUCUGCAGAAAUGACUAUUUUUAGGGAAAAUAGUUUUUUAUAGCCACUAAAUUGUAUUUGUUAUUUUUGUACAUGCAUAACCAGGGUGGUGAGGAAGUAAUAUUUUAGGGAAUACUUUUGUUCUAUUUGAAUUUUUCCUAUACAUUUAUUACUUAAAAUUAUCACUAAGAACAGUGUCAUGAAAUCUAGGUGGAGAGUGAAUACAGUAAAUAUGAGAACAUGUAGUUCGAAUAGGUACCAUUUCUGAAGACAAAGGGAGAGAAAUAUUGCCACUGCCAAGUAAUGGAAGUAUAAGGGCAGUGUUCACAUUGUGCAAGUAUUUAAGAGAAUGUAUAAAGACAAAAAUCUUACUUUCAUGGAUAUAAAUAGUUGCUUAAAGUAGCUGGAAGGGGAAAAAUAAUCUAAAAUACGAAAUGCAGCAUGGACGCCAUAUUGUAAACUGUGCCAAGAUUAUACAAAUUGUAGUUGUUAUUGAUCAGAGUUUAGUUAUUUCAUCAUUUUUACUUUAAUAGGGGAUAAUGAAUGUCAGAAAAUCUGUAAUGUUUUAUUUGAAAGAUGUAAAUAAUGUAUACAGACUUAUAUGUGAUGGGAUGGGGGAAGUAUUUAAAUUCUAGGUUUUUUUAGAAGGAAGAAACUGAAUGUUUAUAAGAAAAUUAAUAAAUAGUUACUAUGUUUGGCCAUGA